AUGAAGUGGCUUAGAAUCCUCGGGCUGGUGGCCCUCUCAGAGUGCCUAGUCAUAAUCCCCUUAACGAAGAUCAAGACCUUGAGAGAAACCCUCAGGGAGAAAAACCUGCUGACAAAUUUCCUGGAGGAGAACACUGAUGACAGGUCCCAGAAUGCCACUGAUGACCCGAAAAUUUCUCUUCACCCCCUGAGGAACUACCUGAACAUGGUCUACUUUGGAAACAUCACCAUUGGAACCCCCCCUCAGGAAUUCAGGGUCGUCUUUGACACCGGCUCCUCUGACUUGUGGGUGUCCUCCGUCGUCUGCUCCAGUCAGCCCUGCUCUGCAAACAAGCGCUUCAACCCUCACUUGUCCAGAACCUUCAGACGUACAAGACGGCUCUUCACCCUCAAAUACCACACUGGGAGGAUUGUUGGAUCUCUUGGCUGUGACACCGUUCGGAUCGGGAACCUUGUCAUCCUGGGCCAGGAAUUUGGCCUGAGCGAGAAACAAAUACAGUUGGAUCGUGUACCCUUUGAUGGCGUCCUGGGCCUGGCCUAUCCCAGCCUUGCACGCAAAAGGACUACCCCCGUCUUAGACAACUUGAAGACACAAGGCAUCAUUUCUCAGCCUGUCUUUGCCUUCUACUUGAGCAACCAGAAGGAGAAUGGCAGCGUGGUGAUGUUUGGUGGGGUGGACCACAGCUACCACAGAGGAGAGCUCAAGUGGAUACCAGUGUCCCGAACCCACCACUGGCAGAUAACCAUGAACCGCAUCUCCAUGGAUGGAGUGGCUAUUGGUUGCUUCAAUGGCUGCCAGGCCAUUCUGGAUACCGGGACUUCGUUGCUGGUUGGCCCAACCACAAUGGUCACCACCAUCCAGAAGCUCAUCAAGGCCAUACCUUUUGGUCGAGAGUACAUGGUCCCAUGUAGCAACAUCACUCAACUGCCUACCUUCAGUAUCAACAUCAAUGGCUCUGAUUACCCAGUGCCCGCUGAAGCCUACAUUUGGAAGAGCCCUAAGGGCCCCUGUAUCAUCAACUUUCGAGAGCACCCAAAGCCCUUGAAGGACCCGGAAACCUGGAUUCUUGGUGACGUCUUCCUGAGGCUGUAUUUCUCGGUUUACGAUUGGGGAAACAGCAGGAUUGGCCUGGCUCCCGCAGUGUAA